UAUGUACCUGUGAAUAGCCUAAUCCAGCCAGCGUGCUCACACUUAUUUGCACAGAACCUAAGUUACUUUAACUGUGACCGUGUGCUAGUCUACCCUUACUUUCUCAUUGACACAUUCACAAAAAAAAACCUCAAUUAUGGAGUCACUUAAAAGAAGCCUAUUUGAUAUAAACGAACACUUUAAUGCCAGGAUGGCAGAAUUCCAGAGGGAGUUAAAAGGAGCUAUCCCGGCCACUAGUCCUUCAUCAAAUAUAAACUCGCAGUUUGUGGCCUUCCGUUCCUUUGUUAUGACAGCCUUAGAAAAUCUGCAGCUGCAGGUGGAACUCUUGGCUAGACAACAAGAUGAGUUGGAAAUGCGGUCCAGAAGGAAGAUUCUCCUUGUUCAUGGUAUUGCAGAAGGUGAUAAUGAAGACCCGUGCAUUUCAGCAUGUCGCAUUCUUUCCCAGCACCUUGCAUUGACACAGCUAUCUCCUGCAUCUGUUAGCCGCUGUCAUCGCUUAGGACGUGCUGGUGGUGACAAACCUCGUGCUAUGCUCAUAAAGUUCAGAGAUUGGUCACUUCGGGAUACAGUUUGGUCUGCAAAGACUAGGUUGAAAGGCACUGGGGUAACAUUAUCCGAGUUUCUUAUUAAAAGCCGCCACAAGACCUUUCUGGUGGCUCGACAACGGUUUGGUGUGACGAAGUGUUGGACCAGGGACGGCAUCAUCAUGGUACUGGACUCCGGCGGUAAGCGUCAUCGCAUCACAACUCUGGCUGAGCUGAACGCCAUCUCGAAUUCUGGUCAGGAUGUACCGAGUGCUGCUAUACCGGCUGCUGCUCCUAAUGCUACAGCCGUAGCCCCUAAGGACUCCAAACUAACCAACCCGAGAGUUAAAAGAGUUGUGAGGAAAUAGAUGCAGUAGGUUCCUCAGCUCAGUGUCCUUUUCAUUCAGUGCGCUGUAUGAUUCGUUCUUGUGUCGAUGCUUAAACAUUUAAUUAUCAAUGUUUGUUUGAACUCGUUUUAGUAUAUUUUAUUUAGAACUUUGUAGGUAGUGCUAAGAUUAGUAUAAUGUUUACAGUUUGUUUGUAGACAAGUGACGGUUGACAAACAGCAAAUAAUAACAAUUGUCAACUGACACUGACAGUUAACGUUUGCACCGUUCGUUUGACGCCUACCUAUUGGAAGCAUUUGUAAAGCAUGCAGCACAUUGUUCAUAAAACAAUAGUUUAACAAAGUUGUGGUUAUUUUAAUUCAGUUGCUGGUUAUUAUCAUUUGUUUCUUUUUUCUUUUUUUAUUAAUAUUAUAACUUUGUUUUUUAUUUUAUUUAUUUUGUUUCGUGCUGUUCUGUGUACUAUGCUUUUUGUGUUUUUUUUUUUUUUUCUGCUAAGCUGCUGGCGGAUUGGAAACGUGCCUAGGUAAUAGGUACCUAGUAUUUUAACUUACUUUGGUUGCUAAUAUAUAUAUAUUUUUUAUAUUAUAUUAUAUAUAUUAUAAUUUAUAAAUAUUUAUUAUUAUCUUUUUAUAUUUAUAAAUAUUUUAGUUUAAUAUGUCGUCAAACAGUAUAGAUAACAUUGAUAGUGAUAUUUUUUUGUCUAUGUCAUCCAGUGAUGAUAGUUUCCACAGUACAUCAUUCCUUCCACUUAAUGUUUCCCUUGAUUCCUAUUUCUCAGACUGUCUGAAAACAUUUAAUGUUAUCCAUAUAAAUGCUCAAAGCAUUCCGGCUCACUUUCCCGAUAUGCUUGCGUCUUUUGAGUCCCGUAAUUUACACGCUAUCCUAGUAUCUGAGUCCUGGCUAAAAACUUGUUUACCCUCAACAUCUUAUUCACUGCCGGGUUUUCGACUUAUCCGCAAUGACCGCGUUGGUAUGGGAGGUGGUGGAGUAGCGAUCUAUCUACGAUCUUACAUUCCUUUCUCUAUAGUUAGUUCGUCUGCACAACCUCCACUACCCGAUGCGGCUGAACACUUGCUUGUGGAAGUUCUUCUAUCCCACACAAAAAUUCUUCUUGGUGUAUUUUAUUGCCCACCCUCUGUUUCUAAUUACUUUCAUUCUUUUGAAACGUUAUUAGAGAAAGUAGUUCCGUUAUACAGCCAUUCUAUUAUUAUGGGAGAUUUUAACACGUGCCUGCUCAAGGAUGACUUUCGCAGCAAGAAAUUAAUAACUGCAGCGGAAUCUUGUAGUUUGUCUAUCCUGCCCCUUGCAGCUACACAUAACUCUCCUGGUUGUACUCCCUCUCUUCUUGACCUGAUAAUGGUUUCCUCUACGGAUUUCGUCUUCAAGCACGGUCAGUGCCCGGCUGAUGCCUUUUCAUAUCAUGAUUUGAUUUUUCUCUGCUAUACAAUUCGUCCUCCUAAAUCAAAAUCUAGAAUAAUUCUGCAACGUAACUUUGGAGGGAUUGACAAGAGUCGCCUUUGUGAGGAUGCUAGUCGUCUUGAUUGGACUGCUGUCACUGAUGUCGACUCUAUUGAUCAAAAGGUAGAGGUUUUUAACACUCUGAUUACGCAGCUGUAUGACACGCAUGCUCCAGUAAGACCUAUAAAGGUAAAACACCUGCCGGCACCAUGGUUGUCUGAUGAUUUAAAAGUGUCAAUAAAUAGAAAGAACGCCGCUAAAUAUAAAUAUAAAGUUAAUAACUCUGAGAACAACCGUGUCAAAUAUUGUAAAUUACGAAAUCGCUGUAAUACACUGUGUAGAGAUGCUCAACGACGCCACAUUCACAAGUCAGUCGAAAAUUGUGAUACCACUAAAACAUGGAAAUUUCUUGAGUCCCUCGGAGUUGGUAGAUCAUCCAACAAAAAUUCUAUUAAUUUUGAUAUCGAUCUCCUGAAUCAGCAUUUCUCUACUUCUGAUACUAUCGAUAGUGUCAAUAAAGUAAAUACACUUAGACUUCUUUCUUCUACCUCAACUCCAGACUUUCCUCCCUUUAACUUCGUGCCUUUCACCGAAUGUGAUGUUAAGAAGAGCAUAACAUUAAUCGCUUCGAAUGCUGUCGGUACUGACUGCGUUAGCCGUAAUAUGAUCAUUCCUAUUCUUGGUGUUAUUUCCCCUAUCUUAACCCAUAUUCUAAAUUAUUCAACUUUCUGUAGCGAAUUUCCUGAUGCAUGGAAAAAUUCUCAGAUAAUUCCUCUUCCUAAAAAGGCAAAUCCCGCUUCUCUUUCUGAUUUUCGUCCUAUAUGUAUUUUA